AUGACCACACAAUUUGCAAAGCAGUCGUCAAUAGAGCUCCAGCGACAGACGUCUUCACCUCCUACUUCGCGGGACCAAUUUCUCUCUAAUGGGGAGUCGUUUCCCAACCAUGAAGCAAAGGCAAAGAAACCGCUGUCGUUCUAUAUGACCUUUCUGGCAUUGAACAUCUGUGUACUGCUUGUUUCUCUCGACUCGACAGCACUGUCGGUUGCAAUCCCAAUUAUUACUGACAAUCUCCGUGGAACCACACUCCAGGCUUUCUGGGCUAACCUUUGCUUCCUUUUGGCGGUCGUGGCCGUCAUGCCCAUCAUCACUAGCGUCUCUGAUGUCAUAGGCCGCAAAAUACCUCUCUACGCUUCCUUCGUCGUGUUCAUGGUUGGGUCCGUCGUCUUCGCUACUGCCAACAACAUGACUGUACUCAUCGUCGGUCGUACCUUGCAGGGAUUGGGAGGUGGUGGUCUUGAUGUGUUGGGCGAGGUCAUCCUUGCAGACAUCACCACACUCAAAGAACGUCCACUAUACCUUGGUCUCUUCUCGAUUCCCAUGGCUGGUGGAGCCAUCUGUGGACCCCUGAUCGGAGCUGCUUUCGCACAAUACGCAAGCUGGAGAUGGAUUGGCUGGAUAAACCUUCCAUUUGGAUUCGCCGGACUUGUGCUUCUCUUCUUCUUCCUCAACCUCAAGGCUAUCGACACCUCACUCUCUUACAAGAUUUCGCGCCUGGAUUGGUCUGGCAUGGCCCUUUUUGUGACUGGCAGCGUCUUGUUCUCAUUGCCGCUUUCCUGGGCCGGUGCCAUAUAUCCAUGGACCUCCUACAAGACUCUCGUUCCGUUCUUACUAGGAAUCGCCAUCUUGGUGGUCUUUGGCUUCUACGAAGCACGACCGGCUCAGCCAGUGUUUCCGUAUCGAAUUUUCAAAAGCCGGACUGCCUGCGCAACUCUCGUUGGCUCAUUCAUGCACGGAGCGGUCAUCAACGGUGGUCUACUCUACUUGACUCUCUCAUUCCAGGCCACGUUCCGGGAUACUGCUGCCAGAUCUGCCAUAGAGGUACUUCCAAUCUGUAUCUUUAUUGUCGUCUUCAGUGUUGCCGGAGCACUCAGUGUAGAAGUAACCCGGAAGUACAAGUACUUGACCAUCGCUGCAUGGCCAUGUCUGGUCGGCGGUGUAGCGCUAUUUGCUCUAUGGAAACCAAACGUCUCUAGCUUCAUCAAGUACGGCCCACAAAUCCUCGCAGGUAUGGGCCUUGGCACACUCUUCACCAUUACUACAUUCCCCAUGAAUGCCAGUCAACAUGCCGACGACGCUGGACUUGCCAUUGGCAUCAUGGUUUCUUUCCGCAUGUUUGGUGGAAUGACAGGCCUUUCGAUUGGCUCAACGGUCUUCCACAGCGUCUUCCAACAACGUAUCAAAAGCCUAGGCCAGCUACCGGCCCAACUUGCAACUCUGCACAACGUACGGGAAGCCGUUGGCUUCAUUCCUAAGCUUCGCACCAUCAAUCGCGCACUCCCUCUCUACGACGAAGUCAUAAAAGCAUACAGGGUUUCCUUUAUGGCAGUGUUCUUGACACUCGCCGGUCUGGGCGCCAUUGGCAUGGUUGCCUCAUUUUUCCUCGAAGAGCUCAGUCUUGAGAAUGACGAUGUUGGAAGACAAGGCUUCGAAGACAAGUGA